GCUGAGGCUGCUCUCUGAACGGCUCGCUGCCAAGCUCCGACGAGUUAUCUUAUUGUUUCGCAGGCUGCCCGUCGUUGAAAGCCAGGAGUGAAUCGUCUCCAGGAACCAUGAAAGCAGCUAGGCGAGGACCUGUUCCCCUGGUUGCGGCAGUAGAACUCCUGGCGUCGACACCCACGGUGGACACUUCGGACUGCAGCGACACCAAGGCGACAGUCUAUUCCGAAUUGCUGCCUCCAGUGACUAUCGGUGGCCGCAUUGACAGACAUCAACGGCUUACAGAGGCUGUUCAUCAGGCUCCACAGAGGCUUCAGAGUCAUCUUGACUUCAACUGAGAUACCACAAGGCAUAAAUGAAGAAGGAAAGAUUGAACGAGAUCUUUUGUUGCGGCUGGUGCUCCGUUCGCCGGGCGUGCUGGUCGUCGCCGUCUUCACCUGCCUGAUGGCCGGCAUGGUUACGCUAGUCGGACUGGCCGUGCACCGGAUGCGCUGCUCGGAGCGUCCGGAAGAGGAAGAAGGCGGCGUCACAAACCCGGAAGAGGGUCUCCGCAAGACGACGUUCGCGCUCUGGAUACUCGUCGUUUGCCUAACGAUGACGUUUCUCGGCGCACUUUUCACAAUGCGGCACUCACCUGUGGCACUGGACGCCGCCAAGGAGCAGGCGUGGUACAUGGCCAAGAACUUGCCCGCUGUCUCAAGAAAGCCAUCAGGUGACUUGGCCUUCAUAGCCGGCACUAACAUCAACGAGUUCUCGAAGGCAAUUGAUCGGCGGAUCAAAGACUGCUCCGAAGAGGCGGCUUCCACGGUCGACAGCGUUGUAAGCAAGAGCGCUCUGCUGAACUUCGUGGCGACCACAGCGAAGCGUCUUGCAGAGAUCGACGAGCUGAUCCGGGCAGUUGAUGAAGCGGCCAACAAUCCCGACCUUGGACUUCUGUGGACCAGCAUACACAACGCAUCAGAGUGCAUCGACGAUGCGAUGAAAGUAUGCACAGGACAGUGCGACGCGCAGGCGAUGGGCGAAAUACAGCAGCAGCUGCACGGCCUGGAUGAGUUCGCACAGGGCAUUGAGGCGCGUACAGCUGAAGCUGCAAUUGCGUUGCCAUUAGAUGCAUGGAAGAAAAAAUCUAAUUGCACUCAAGUGGCUAAUAAAUUGAAUUUUUAUUAUUUAUGAGAGGUUGAUGACAAUUAGAAGAUAGACCACCGGAAAGGCUGACUCUCGCAAUAUCAUAAAAUAAACUUCCGUGAAAAAGACGGGCAGCGAAAAAAGAAAACGAAACAAAUGGUGAAAGAAAGCAUAGUGAAGGCAUAAACAAAAUGCACUAUGUAUAAAAAAAACGAAGGCAUAGCAUGACCUGUUAUAUGAAUUGUUUGUGCAUGAUGUAACGUCAGCAUGCGACUCUGAAGGCACAGAGCUCGUACAAAAAAUAAAACAUCGCUAUGUGUGCGGUCUGGCACGAAAAAGACACGACACCCGUGCUCAUAACGAAGCUUGCAGCGCGUUGUGGCAGA